GUUCACCUCUAACACCCACCUAUCCAUUUACAACAACGGAUCUACUCAAUUGGUCCGCCCAAGUGGCAAAAGGAUUACAGUUUUUGGCUUCAAAUGAUCCUUCUAUCAUACACCGUGAUCUAGCUGCUCGAAAUAUCUUACUUUGUGAAAAUAAAGUGGUGAAAAUUGGUGAUUUCGGUCUGUCACGGAGACUGAACGGGAGUUAUGUUUAUGUAAAAACAUCAUGGGCUCCAGACCCACUCCGAUGGAUGGCCAUUGAAUCACUGCCAGAAGAAGAUGAACCGAAAUUCAGCGUAAAAUCGGAUGUUUGGUCGUUUGGUGUUGUACUUUGGGAGUUGUUUUCAGAAGGAGACGAUCCAUAUUACAUCUCGAAAGAAGACCUGUCAGAAGGCGUCCGAUUGAAAAGACCAAAAAAAGCUACGAAAGAAAUGUAUGAUCUUAUGAUGUCUUGUUGGGAGGAAAAUCCAGAGGAUCGUCCAUCGUUUGAUAAGUUAGAGGAAAUGCUUUCGCAAAUUUAUCUGAAUGCUUUGAAUGGUGAUAGAGACAAUGAUAAGGAUAAAAAUGAAGACAUCCUAAGGAGUGUGAGAGUAGAUGAUCUGAAGUUCAAUGAUAGAGCAAGCCUGAUUUCAGAUGCAACAGAGGAAAGUGACUCCAUUUCGGACUACAAUUCGCCUUAAUGAUAGUACUUUCUCCCUUAUCAUUUUCAAGUUAUUAGUUGUAAUUGAACCAACGCAACCAAAUAAAUGUUCAAAUCUGACAUUCCACAUGAAA